UUCACGUGUCGAUUCAAAAGAAUGUUGUCCAGCGCUACCGGUACUCUCGUACUCGUACGUGAAGGAAAGCACAAUGCUGGCAAGCUAUCGGCUGUCAAUUUUUUUUCUUCACAUCAGCAACAAACAAACCACUUCUGCGAUGUCUGAUGCACCGAGAGUAAAUCACUUACACCAUGCGCCGCUACCCUAGCACUCCUGCGUUUGUAUUUUUGAUAGCUGCAUCUUUUUCCUUGCUCCCACUGCGACAACUAACCUGUAGCGGAAGUGAAGAUGCUUCUUUUCGAAGACCUCCUCCUCCACCACCACCCGGAUCAUCGUUCAAUACAGUAUCUGACAUAGGGAGGGGGUACAGAAACGAUGCAAAUAAGGAAGGUCCAACCAGUAAUGGCAGCGCCGAAAGUUAUGGCUAUGACGAUAUGCAGCACCGUCAGAAACAGCAGCAACAAGAACGAGAGGAACUUUCAUCGUCGUCGCAUUCGUCCAGAUAUCCCUUUGAAUACAGCACCGAAAGCGUCGGUGGACCCACACAUACUCAGUCACAAGUUGACCGUUCUUCUUCUUUUCGAGAACGAGAACAAAAACAGCAAACGUCGUCGUUGCCCAUUCAUUAUGACUUCCCGAUCUCCGACGAUGGUGCAACAGAAACUAUGGGUAAAGGAAGUAUGCAACGGCAGAGAAUCGACAAUACUAGAGAUGGUGUAGAUGAUGAAGAAGGCAUGACUUCAUCAGCACGCAAGGACUUAGUCACGCGACACUGGUCUACGAAAAGAGGAAAGGUUCAAAUACAAACAGUUAUUGGCUUGGUUGGGUACGGAUCGGGGAGAUUUUUCUUAAAGGUAAGGAUCUUUGAAUUACUCUAUUUCUAGGUAUACAUUUCCCUUUCUUUUUUACACCAGCCGCACGUCCACAAAAGGUGAAUGUCUGCGUUGAUUGACUAAUAAUUCUUGUUUGUCGUUUCUACCUUUUCCAUAUUUCUCUGUGCUCUUUGCACAUGGCUGCCGUUGAUCUUGCGGGUGCUCCCGAAUUAAUGACAACGAUGGUUUGAAAUACGAGAAGUCUCUAAUGGGGGAUUCUGAUAUGGUCCAAUGGUUGGGAUGUUUUAGUGCUGUUGCUUUCAUUGUUUCGACGUGGUUCCGAAGUCCAAUAGGAGAAUUGAGCCGUGCUGUGGGACUAAGCCUAAUCCUUGUCCUACAAAGAACGCAACGAAUCCGUAGGGAAUAUCCCACAUGGAGGUACGUGGCUGCAUCGGUGGGAAUGAUUCGGGGAGGUCCCCGAGACGCUCGCGGCAAGCCAAGGGGACCGCGCCCGUUCCCACCAGCCCGGAAUCCCUGGAAGUAUAGUCCACGUUCACCACGAGAUCCCGAUUUCAACAUGACGUUCGCUCUGGCGAGUAUGGCUAUGGUUGGGAGUGCUGUCGGUGGGAAUUUGCCCUUCAUCCCAAAUUGGAUAGGCGCAAUAAUUGGGGCGGCUUUCUCUGCGUUUGCCUGCACAUGGCAGGAAAGCCAUCGCGGUGAUUUGGCGCGAACCAUGGGUAUGCGAGUGGUCCGAGUGGUGACUGAACUCUGGGAGAUACAGGCUGACCUCCAAAUCAUUCCAAAAGCAACGGUCGUGAGCUCACAGAUAAUCGAUAAGGCAAUGAUUUUGGAUCGAAAACAUCGGGUAAAAGACCGGUUUCUUUCGUUGGCCACCAAGGGUUAUGCUCAGGCCACGAGAGUGGCAGAACAAGUCCAACAACAACAGCGAGGAGCCAAGUCUAGCGAAGGCAGAAACGAAAGAGUAGAGAAUGAUCGUGUCAUGCCACGGGGAGAAGAUGACGAGUCAAUUAGAGGCGGACAACGAGGUGGUUAUGAUCGGGGCCGAGACGAAAAGGGGGAUCGAUAUUUUGACGGAAAACCUGAAAACGGAAGGCGACUAAUGCCAAGAGAUAAGGAUGGCAGGGAUAGCUAUGACUUUCGCGAAAGACAGGGGCCACGUCGGCGUUACGAGGACGACGAUGAUUUUGACGGUAGUAGAAGACGCGAUGCAUACAAUCACGACAAGGAUUCUAAGGAUUAUUUUCGAUGAUCAGAAUGUCACGACACUGAAAAUGACGACUAUUUUAAAAAGCUAAGGUGGCCAGUAACCACGUUUCGGGGAAAAAGAGGAAAUCAAAUUACUGAUAGCUAUUGUUUGUUAUCGAAAGUUGAAGCUUUUUCUUGCCCGUUACGCCAGUUACUUCUCCCUGUACUUUCGAAGAGAUUCACACGAUAAUUGAUCUUUAAAAAAAAAAAUACCAUUAUGGUUCACACUUUAGUAUUACUUGCUGUGUCACAAGUGAUAGUUUAGUUUCUAUUAUCGUUGACGGAUUCGUUGAGCGAUUCAAAGUUUUCGGGGCCUUGAUAGCCCUGUGGUGUUCUCAUUGACGAACUCUAGGAGUGCGAGGAUGACCUUGAUGAGGAUCAACAGGGUCCAUUUCUCUAGCUGUUAUUUGUCGAUAGAUGGGCAUGGAAGAGUGACGGCCCAAUCCAAACCAUGGCGAGAGAGAAAGUAAAAAAAAUCUUAAUAUUAUAUUUAACCUCGUGAACUAGAAGAGGCACUUGGGUGGCCAGAACCAUAGCUUUCGUUAGAAAGAAUGCUUCUAGCUGCUCCGAGGGGCGGCGCCUUCCUCCGAGGAGGUUGGUGUGGAGGCGCGACCGAUGACGAGAGAGAAAGUAAUCAUUAGCGGCACCAUCGGUUUAGUUGUUUUUGCCAUGGAUGUCGCUCUACUAGUUAUUGUAGGUCGAAAAUUUCUAAAUAGUAUAGUUAGGAUCGAAGUACCUGGCAGAAGCCAUGCCUGUCCAUAUAGGUCUUAUUUCUACACGCAACAUGUACCGAUCGUUUGCCACCAAAGUGAGUGCUCAGUACUCAAGAAACUAUCAAGUCAAAUUGAUUCCUAACGGAGAAAUACUAGUACCAUGAUAUUAUUCUGUACGAUACUUCCUGAGAACGAAAUACAUCAUUUUGAAGCUAUUUAAAAAGCCUGCACUUCACUGCACAACAACACACUGUGUGCCUACUAUUUUCUUAGCAAGCAUUACAUGCCACCGGACACGAAAUUCGAACGUCGGUGCCGUUCCAAUUCUUAUCGCAAAGUCGGGGCCUCUUGCGAGCUUUUUUCUUAACCCAGUUACAAUCCUUCUUGGCUUUGCCCUUGAAUAAAAAUGUGGAAUCGUUUUUGCAACCGCUGUUGUUGUCGUUGUUCGAACACUGGUCACACGCCAAAGGGCAGGAUUCGGACACUCGUUUCCCUCUGGAGGUUUUGCUACAGUGUGUUUCUCGCUUUUUCUUGAUCCAAGUGCAAUUCCUUCCGGCUUUUCCACGAAAGAGGAAAGCCUCAUCAUCCUCACACUCGGAUUCAUUGUUUCUUGGUGGCGUAGGUACUGCAGAAGGUACAGGAGUUGGAACUGUCGAUGGCACAGAAGUUCUCUUGGCGUUCUCGAUGCAAACCCUUUGACUGUAGCAGUCUUCGCUCCCCAUGGACAUGUCGCAUAUGCUGUCCAUUACAUCUUGCAUCAACUGGAUGGAUGUCUUGCUAGUCCCGCAGCCUGCAAUCUCGAUUGUGCUCCCGUCGUAGAUUUCGAAGAAUGCAGAAUUCACAUCUGUGAUUCCGCUACCGGAAACUACGUGCGUAUACACACAGCAAAGGGCAUUCGCCAUAGCUGUCUCCGCAACCGAACCUGUGAGACACAACUGUGGCAACGUAAGCGUCCUGUGCGUUGCCCACGAAUUCGGCCGAUCCGAGUCACACGUUGGCAGCAUUGCAGAAGUUCGCCGUGAUCUUUCUAACUCGACAGCGCACGCGAAGAUCUGUCGAGAAAGAAGAAUGAGACCACACAAAAGAAAAAUAUUCAUCUUUAUGAAACAAUGGUACUCGUACUGUAACUGGGUCGAGAGUUUCUGAAAUCCCCGCUAAACUGUUUCUUGAAAGGUACUACCAGGUACUCAGCAGGCGAGAAGAAAUAUGCUUUCUAUAA